UACAAUAUCGAUAAAUAUAUCAGUUAAUUGACAGAUCAAUGUUUUGUAUCUUCAAUUUGACAAUUGGAAUUUUUAUUUAUAUAAAGAUUUUUGAAGAUACAGUCUGCGCUUCAAGUAGAUUCAAAUGCGAGAUUCGAGUUGGGUUCACGUGGAAUUCACCAGAUGACGCUGCAUUCGAACGAAAGCCUAUAAGUAAACAAGUAUAUAGGUGACAGUUCGACACGUGCUAUUAGUUUUCUUGAAUAAAUUUGUAUUCAAUAUGUCGUCAAACGAAAUGGAAGUAGACGAUGAAACUGAGACGAAGCCAAAACAUUUCCACGAGUUAGAAUUAGACGACAGAAUACUAAAGGCCAUUGCAAAAUUAGGUUGGCUAGAACCUACAUUGAUACAAGAGAAAGCAAUACCAUUAUUGAUGGAAGGAAAAGAUAUUUUGAUUCGAGCACGCACGGGAUCUGGUAAAACAGCGGCAUUUGCUAUACCGCUUAUUCAGAAGAUUCUGUCGAACAAACGAAUGCAAAUGAAACAGGAAACUAAAGGUCUGAUCGUAGCUCCGAGCAAAGAAUUAUGUAAACAAAUACAUGAUGUGGUAGUUAGCUUAACAAUAAAAUGCAGCAGAGAAGUAAAAGUGGUCGAUAUCAGUGCACAAGUAGAUUUAAUUGCACAGAAACCAUUGUUAGCAGAGAAACCUGAUAUUGUUGUUGGCACUCCAGGCAGAUUAUUGCAGCAUUUAAAAGCUGGCAACAUGAAGUUGAAACGUUCUCUAGAAACAUUGAUAAUUGACGAGGCUGACUUGAUAUUUUCAUUUGGAUACGAGGAUGAAAUAAAAGGUGUGUUGCAAUACUUACCCAAUGUAUACCAAGCAGCUUUAGCUUCUGCAACCCUGUCUGAAGAUGUUGUAACUCUUAAAAAAUUGGUGCUUCAUAAUCCAGCAAUAUUAAAGCUAGAGGAACCUCCAUUAGCUCCACUGUCUCAGUUAACUCACUACAGUCUUGCUGCAGAAGAAAACGAUAAAGCUGCUAUUCUAUAUGCUUUACUCAAAUUGACUUUAAUUAGGGGAAAGACUAUCAUUUUUGUAAAUACAGUAGAUAGAUGUUAUAAAUUAAAGUUGUUUUUAGAACAGUUCGGUAUACCUACCUGUGUCUUAAAUUCUGAAUUACCAGCAGUUUCGAGAUGCAGAGCGGUCACUCAAUUCAACUCCGGAACGUACGACAUUAUAAUAGCAUCCGAUGAAAAAUCUUUGGAAGAACCUCAUGUAGUGAAAGUUAAAAAAGGAAAACGAAAGAAAGAUAAAGAAUCUGGUGUAGCACGCGGCAUAGAUUUUCAAUUUGUGUCCAAUGUGAUCAAUUUUGACUUUCCACUGGAUGUAAACUCGUAUAUUCAUAGAGUUGGACGUACCGCACGAGGCAAGAACCAGGGGACAGCAUUGAGUUUUAUAGCGAUAAAAGAAAGACCUCUUCUUGAUAACGUUGAGGAACAAUUAAAACAUUGUUACAAUAGCGAUAAAUUGUUCAAGACGUACCAAUUCAAAUUAGAAGAAGUUGAAGGUUUUCGGUAUCGAGCAAAAGAUGCUUGGAAAGCAGUAACAAGAAUAGCCGUUCGCGAAGCACGCUUGAAAGAAAUAAAACAAGAGGUAUUGACUUGUGCGAAAUUGAAAAGCUAUUUUGAAGACAAUCCAAGAGAUUUACAAUCGUUGAGGCAAGACAAAGCACUGCAUACUGUAAAAUUACAACCACACCUGAAAGAUGUGCCCGAGUACAUAGUCCCACCCACUUUGAAAAGACUCGUAGGUAUGGGUAAAAGAAAAAGAAAAUUUGACAGAGAGGCCGCAGGAUCCAGAUCUACCGCUACGCAGUCGAAAUACCAAGCACGCGCAUCGAAUCCUCUAGUUAGUUUACAAAUACGUAAAUAAAAAAAUUUUACGCUAAUGUACCUUGUAUAAUAUGUUACGAAUAAAAUAAUGUAAAAGGUAAUUACAAAUUAGGAUCAACUUUCGAAUUAGAAAGGGAGGAAAUGGUUUAUAGGAUUAUGAAAAUAAAAAUAAACCCUUUGUUUAAUCUAA